AUGAAUGAUGACCAGGAUGAGUUAGGGCUGGCAGACCACAGGCCCCACAAGAUCCGCCGCACUGAAGCAGCAUCGACAGCCGACCUUGCCUGGCCAUCCAGCGAUCUGGAUAUUGGCCAAGUUCGUACUACUCCCAUUGAACCGCAACCACCGCGGACUCGGGGAACCGUCGCCUGCCACAGAUGCCGCUCGCGGAAGACAAAAUGCGACAACAGACGGCCAAGCUGCGGCUACUGUUUGAAGAUCGGCGAACCGUGCGUGUAUGAGGCAGACUGCCAUGUCUUCGGGCGUGAAGUUCUACAGGCCCUCAAUGAGCUUCGAGAGAUCGUCACCAAGCCGCCGACUGCGCGGUUGUUGGCUGAUGGCAACGAGCCCUCUCCCACAGCGGAUAUUAUACAUUCAGCUCCCCACGGAACGGCACUUGCGCACUCUCCUGCUCAAGGUCCAUUUGUGGCAAAGUCCAAGCUGGCGGUAUCUCUCGACCGAAUCCAGAGAGUUGAGAACAUCGUGCAGUGGCGCAUCUUCCAGCCCCAUCUUGUAGCCAGUGACAUAUAUCCCGACGCCAAUCCACCGGUCCCUCUCGACCAUUCGAUGCCGAGUACCAACAUUACGCUCCUUACUGGCCUAGAAUGGAGAUAUAUCCACAGUGUCCACCUCUUGAAUCCCAUAUUGGAUCUUCCCACCCUGCACGACUUGAUCCUCCAGGUGGCGGAAAGCGGAUUUGACUGGUCGCUUGAGUCCUGCCUCGCUGCACUUGUAUGUGCAAUUGGUGCCAUUACAGAGUCUCUCAAUGUAUCAGAUCCCAACGGGGCUUUAUGCGAUAGCGAUCCCGACCUGGCUGCCGGCUACUGGAAUGUUGCAUCGAAACGCCUGGGCUUUGCCCUUGAUCGCAACGAUAUUACGGCGGUGCAAUGUCUGUGUCUAGCAGGAGUAUGGCACAUGCACAAUUUGCAACCGCUUCAAGCUUGGAAGUACUUUAGCCACGCGGCCAGUGCCUGGUUCUGCACCGUCAUGCGGAAUAAACCAUUGCGCGAAUCUCUGGACAGAAAGCUUGCUGGUUCUAUCAACAUUCACGAGGCUCUUGGGUUCACAAUCUGGAAAUCCACGUGCGAACUGCGCCCUGAGUUAUCGCUGCCCCCUUCAGUGUUGGACGACUACGAACUCCUUCGCCCGUUUCCAUCACCGCCAGACUUUGAAGAUACAACUCUCAUCGACAGCGAGAGCGGCUGGUACUACUACCUAGCAGAGAUCGCCGCACGGCACAUCAUCAACGACCUCCUCGAUUGCCAUGUUUACGACUUCGACAACAUCCAGCCAGUGGAUAUUGCGCGAAUCAUUCAUCAGACAACCCUAUUCGAGGCACAGAUCAACGAAUGGCGCUCCUCGCUGCCCCCUCGGCUCCAAUUCGACAUCCCCGCGGACUGGAACCUGCCCGAAGUAAACGACCUGAUGACGGUAGUCUUACGGCAGCGCUACCUUUCAAGUCUAGAAUUGACGUACCGGCCCUUACUGCGCAUCUGCACGGACUUUGCCCUGCAGGAUUCCGAUCCCCACAGCGGAAUUGACAGCGGGCUGGACACACUCCGCACCAAAGCAGCCGAACUAGCAUCCAAGAACCUGCACCUCUCAUACCUCAAAAUCCAGGGGAUAAGCAGGAGACUCCACCACGGGACUUGGUUCCACCUCCGUAGCUUAACGGGAUCCUGUCUGCGGUUCGCAGCGGCGGAGAAAGCACAGCGGGAUAGAAGACUUGCAGGCGCGCAGGAGCUUCAGAUCCCGCCGGGUUGGAGGGCGCGUGUAGUAGACGGGUUGGAUAUUCUGCAGCCAUACUGGACGUCGAACCGUGGUGGUGGGGCAGGUUUAUUGGCUCUGAUUGAGCAGGCGCUGAAGCUGUAG